AUGUACAUCCCACUGCCUGAAACUCAGACUCACAACACAGCACCUGGAAGUGCCAGCCCUGCACUAGCCUGCACCACGGCCUCUGUCUCUGAGCUUGCCUGCAUCUAUUUGGCUCUCAUUCUGCAUGAUGACGAGGUGACCCUAAAGGCCCUGGCCAGUGUCAACCUUGGGAGCCUCAUCUGCAACAUAGGGGUUGGUGGACCUGCUCCAGCAGCUGGUGUAGCACCAGCAGGAGGUCCUGGCCUUUCUAUCGCUGCUGCCUCAGCUGAGAAGAAAGUAGAAACAAAGAAAGAAGAAUCUGAGGAGUCUGAUGAUGACAUGGGCUUUGAUCUUUUUGAUUAAACCUCUUUU